AUGGAUCCAAGGUCUUAAAAUAAUUCUGAGAAUUAAAUUCACGGUGACGAUAAUGAAGAUUAACGUUCAGGAGAUGAAGCAGUAAUUAAUAUAUUAAGUUUAAGGAUAAGUUAAAUAAUUUCAAGCACAAUAUUAAUGAAGGUGGUGAAGUAAUCCACGAAAAUGUUAAAAGAAUUGAUAUGAAAAAAACAUUAAAUGAUACUACCUUCAUUUUGACAUGCUUAAAAAAUCAUUUUGUAUUUUACAAUCUAAGUGAAGCAGAACUGUAAAUUUAUUUUGAUGUUUUUAUAGUGAGAAUAUAGUAAACAAGAUGUUCUAUUGUGAAGCUGCUGCAUAAACUUAUAUCUUCAAAUAAUAAGAUCAUGCAACAUGCUUUUUUAUAUUAUAGAGAGGAAGUUUAGAAGUUAUAGUUAAUGAAAAAGUAAAUUUUCUGAUUCAAAAAUUUUAAGGCUAAAAGAGAAUUAAAAACAGGUGAUGGAUUUGGUGAAUUAGCUCUAUUGUAUAAUGCUCCUCGUUCUGCAUCAGUAAAAUGCUUCGAAAAUUGCAAUCUAUGGGGAAUCGAUAGAAAUACUUUCAGAAGGGCUGUUGAAGAAAUGAUAACUAAGGAAUACGAGGAAAACAGAAAGUUUAUGGAAGUAGUUAGAUUUUUCCGUAAUUUAAUAAUAAUAAACUUAGAUAAUUUAACAAAUGAGUAGAAAGAUGCAAUUGCUGCAGUUUUAAUUGUACAGAAAUUUUAUAAAAAUUAAAUUAUUGUAAAUGAAGGUGAUCCUGGAUCCUCAUUUUAUAUUAUCAAAGAAGUAUAUUGAUUUUUAAUUAUUUUUAGGGAACUGUUUCUGUUCUUAAAGGAAACAAAGAAGUUAGAAAAUUAUAUAAAGGAGACUCCUUUGGUGAAUAAGCCUUAUAUUAUAAUACAGUCAGAUAAAUGACUGUAAGAGCUGAAGAUGAUGUUAAAUGUUUGGCAUUAGGAAGAGAUUCUUUAACAAAAAUUUUAGGAGAUUAGGUUCAUGUAGUUACAUUUAGAAAUUUAUAAAAAUGGGCCUUUGAGAAAAAUGCCUUAUUAAGCAAAUUAACAAAAGCUUAAAUUGAUAAAGUUUUAGAUGUGAUGAAAAUAUCUUCAUGUAAGGCAGGUGAUGUGAUUCUUAAAAAAGGAACAUAAGCCAAUCAAAAAAUUAUUGUUAUUAUUGAAGGUAGUUUGAAAAAGAGUAAAUCUGGAAUAACAGUUGCAACUAAAGCUUAAGCUUGGGGAGAAGAGUAUUUCUUAUAAACAAAUAAGGCUAAAAUGUAUAAUAUAUUAACAAUUAUUUAGUUUAGAUGAUGAUAUAGUUAUGGAAACAGAUGGUGUAAUUGCAGAAAUUACUGCUGAUAAUUUUAUAGAUUGUAUAGGAGGUGAAUUAGAAGAAGUUAUUAAGAAGAAUGAGAAAAUACUUGAAAAAAAAUUAUAAAAAUCAGAUCAAACUAAAAAGAAAGAGGCUCAAAAUAUUAAAAAAUCAGAAUUAAUUCAUAUAAAAACAAUUGCUUAUGGUCAAUUUGGUCCAGUUUACUUAGUUAAAGCUAAAUAUAAUCAAUAAUUAUAUGUCUUAAAAGCAUUUAACAAAAAUUAAAUUAAUGAAUAAACUCUUGAAAAGUACUUUUAAUUUAUAAUAUUAGAUAUUUGUAAUAAGAGAAGUAAGUAUUAGAAAUUGUCAAUUUUCCAUUUAUCAUCUCAUUUAUGAAAACCUUUAAAGAUACAUUAGAUGUAUAUUUCCUACUUGAAUAUGUUCGAGGAAUGGAAUUAUUUGAUGUGAUUAGAGAUAUCGGUAAUAAUUCUUAAUAUUAUCUUUAGGUCUCUUAUCAACAUAUGAUUCUCAAUUUUAUGUUGCCUCUAUGAUUCUAAUUACAGAAUAUCUUCAUCAUCAAAAUAUCAUUUAUAGAGAUAUUAAACCUGAAAAUUUCAUGGUUGAUGACAAAGGAUUUUUAAAAUUGAUAGAUCUAGGAACUGCCAAAAUUAUUAAAGGAAAAUAAGGAAUUAUUCGUACAUAUACAAUUAUAGGAACUCCUCAUUGUAUUUUUAUAACAUAAUUAUUAUAUUAGAUAUGGCACCAGAAAUCAUCUGUGGUAAAGGAUAUAAUUGUUUGGUUGAUUUAUGGUCUAUUGGUAUAUGUCUUUAUGAAUUCAUGUGUGGUAUGGUACCUUUUGGAGAAGAAGCAGAAGAUCCUUAUGAAAUAUAUGAAGAAAUCAUUAAGAAAGAUAUUACAUAUCCUAAUUAUUUAAAAGAUAAAAAGGCUAAGAAACUUAUGGAUUAGUAAAAAAUUAAUUAAUAUUUAUUUUAGAUUGUUAUCCAGAGUUCCUGAAGUCAGAUUAGGAGGUUCUUAUGCAAGUCUUAAAGGAAAUCCUUGGUUUGAAAAUUUUGAUUGGGUAAAUUAUGAUAUGAUAUAUAUAUUAGGAAAAACUAUUGGAAAAAGAGAUUAAAACACCUUAUUUACCACCAGCAGAUAAAUUACUACCAGAAAUCGAAAUAAAAUCACUUGAACAAAAUGGUAGAAUGAUUGAGGAUGAAAUUAAAGUAACUAAUAUGAUAUAUUCUAAAGUAAGAGCAAUCUGUUAGAUAAAUGGAUGGUAAUAAUUAAGGAGAUCAAGGAUGGGAAAAAGACUUUUGAUA